UCGGCCAUGGGUCAGAUGCCGCUGAAAGGUCCUUGCGAUGUGAAGCCUGAUCAAGUGGAAAUACUGAGCCAGGCAGAUAUCGUAAAGUUCUUAGGCAUCUGGUACUCAUUAGUGAGAAUCCCAAACGCGUUGGAGAGCGGAGAAUGUUCUACCAGCCUGUUCAACAUGCUGACCCCAACGUUGGGUUUCGUCACGAUGUGGGAGGUCCUGGACGGAGUCCCACGCUACUGGUACGCCAGCAUUACCAGAGACAGCAACGCUCCUGAGAAAUUCAUCUUUAGUUACAAUGGGCAAUCUUUAGACUAUUAUAUCCUGGGCACCAACUAUAACGGGUACGCUUUGUUAUACAGCUGUCAAAACACUGACGACGGGAACAGAAAUGUAUGGGCGUGGUUGAUGAGCAGAACUAGACAGUUCUCGCCUUCACUGGAGGAGCUUCAGGGGAUCCAGGCUGCAGUAGAGCGCAACCCUGACGUGCAGAACGCGAGCUGGGUGGCUGUCGACCAGAACAACUGUUAAUAGACUCUUCUCUGUCUUUGUAUAUGGGUGUUAGUGACAUCGUACCGAAAUCUUUGGGGGGUGAGAUAAUGAUUCUGAGGUGAUACCAAGAGGAACUUUCCGUUGUAAAACUCAUCAAAAUGUUGCCUAACAGCGGGCCAAGAGGCAUAAUAAGCAUGGCCACCCAAGUGUAGCUGUAAUUU